AUGGCGGGCAAAUCAGGUGCCCGUCGUGUCUUUCCCCCUCGUGUGGAAGGGGCUUUAGUCUCUGUGAUCUUGGAUCCAUACCACUUCGGACGUAAAAAGAACUUGAUUGCUAAAGAAGAGUACUACAAGACAAUUGAAGGCCUGAAGACAGCUGCCAGGGAUCCAUCUUCGAAGUCUCGUCAUGGAAGGGCACAUAUUGCAACAGGUCAUGGUGUCCGUGACAUCUCCCCAAGCUCAGUAAAGCGGGUUAUGGUAUACCAGUGCCACUUAACAAAGUUUGUGAUACUUCGACCUCUUACCUCAAAAAGAGCAGCUGAAGUUGCCUUUCAACUGCUCGACAUCUUCUUGCUGUUUGGUGCUCCUACAAUCUUUCAAAGUGACAAUGGUUCUGAACUUAUAGCUUAUGUCAUCACAGAACUAAAAGAUCUUUGGCCAGAUCUCAUCAUGGUCCAUGGAAAACCAAGACAUCCCCAAAGCCAAGGUUCUCUGGAACAUGCCAAUGGGGACAUCAAGGAUCAACAACACACAGGAUUGAGGUUACUGAGAGACUUCAGACAGAAGAUGAUCUGCUUGCCCUUAUUUCAGAACCAACAGAAGAUGAAGUGUCAGCUCACACCUCGCCUAAAGCAGACACUACAGCAUCAACCAACACUUCUCACCCUACACCAGACCCUACAGCAUCAGCUGACACUACGCAGUCUCCACCAGUUCCUACAUCAGUCGACGCUGAUCAGAUUACACCAGACCAAACACCACCAGCCCACACCUCUCAGCCUACACCAGACCUUGCAGCACCAGCCGGCACUGCUCCGUCUACACUCCCAACAGUCCAAUAAUGUUGCAAUUCCUAUUCCUUUGGUGGAUAGGGGACGGGAGGAUGCACGUAAUAUCGGUGUCAUCGUUGAUCGUGAUGAAAAUGACCUUUACAACAUAGCCGUUAAGAGUGGCAUAAUCAAGACCAAGUAUUCAAGCAACCAAUUGGAUCUUUGUCCGUAG